AUGGCAGGCGCUCUGAACGCGGCAUCUGUCCAAGAGAAGCAGGAACUGGUGCGUGCCGCCAUCUCUGGCUUCGGACAGCUGCCGGCAGAUCAACGAGCGGAGGCACUGCGACUGGUGGUCAAUACGGCAGCGGCAGCACAGGUUGGCCCGCAUCCCACGGCAGAGGGCGAAGUCCCCCCCCUGAUGCAGAACGUCAUGGCGGUCGUGAAGGAGGCGAAGCUGCAUGAGAUGCCGAAGGAGGAGAAGGCGAUCCUGGCACAGGAAGCCCGCCAAGAUGCGGCAGAAAUGGUUCAGCCACAGCAGAUUCUGGAGGUCGUCUCGGAGUUGAGACCAGAAGAACGACAUCAAGUGACUGAG